AUGCGACCUGUUAAAAAACUUUUCUCUGAAAACGAACUGGAUUCUGAUGUGGUACUAGAGAAAGUCAUCCAAUUAGGUGCGGAUUUCAUAGGUGGAGAAUGGAAAAGUGUAGACAAAAAUCAAGUAAAAGUCACAAAGAUUUUAGGUGGUCAAUCGAACCACAUGUUCCAUGUGACGUCUUCUACUGAUGCCAAGGAAUAUCUUCUCAGACUUCAUCGUUUAGGAGGGAAUCAUGUAUUCACUGAUACGGUGAAUUUCGCGAUUUUCUCUGAAAGAGAACUGGGGCCCAAACUCUAUGGAUUCUUUGAUGGAGGAAGAAUGGAAGAAUAUCUUCCAAGUGUCACUUUGGAUUCGGAUAGGAUUUUGGAACAAGAAAUUUCUCGAAAAGUGGGAGCAACGUUUCCUCGUUACCAUGCCAUUGACAUGCCAAUUUCAAAAACUCGCAGAUGUUUUCAGGUUAUGAGAGAGUCAUUGAAAGAUUAUAGGUGA